AUGGGUCUCACUGCCCAACUGAUUCCAACUCUGGUCUGUUUAUUAGCAUGUACCAGCAAUUUCGUCCUCGGAAACAAACUCGAUCUUACCCUACGAGAGAUUAUCAAAACGCUGAACAACCUCACAGAGAGAAAGGAUGCGUGCAUGGAGCUGGCUAUAGCAGAUGUCUUUGCCGCCUCAAAGAACACAACUGAGCAGGAAACCUUCUGCAGGGCCGCAACCGAGCUUCGGCACUUCUACAAACACCACAAGUGCUUACCCAAAUAUGCAAGAGGACUCGAAAGGAACCUCAGCGGCAUGGCAAACAUGAGCAACUGCCCUGUGAAGGAAGCCAAGAAGAGUACACUGAAAGACUUCUUGGAAAGGCUAAAGAUGAUCAUGAAAGAGAAAUAUGCAAAGUACUGA